ACAUGAACAAAUAUUGACUCAAAGCUGACACUGUUGAUUUACAGAUGAUUUAAAGACUCCUCGUGAAGCAGAGAUCUGACAUCCAUGGAGUCCAAUCUGUCCUGCCUGUCUUCUCUGAAAGAAGAGAUCAGCCCGGUGUAUGUGCAGCCUCACUACAAGGAGUCCUACCGGCUCGCCAUCUACGCGCUGCUCUGCGGAGGGAAGGAGGCCUACGAGGAGUACCUCAGGGCCGAGCAGAUCAGCCACUUUCUGUCCAACGAGGAGAUCCAGUUCAUCCUGGACAAUGGAGAGCUGCCUGACGUCACGGAGGACGAGGACGACUCAGAGGAGAGGAGGCUCACGGAGGAGAACGGAGCCAGGACCUCUACAUACUUCCCCACCGAGUCAGACGAGGAGGUGCCGGACCUGGAGCUGGGCUGGCCCGAGGUGUCACUGGAAGGCACGGACACCAGCAUCAGCCUGCUGUUCCACCCGCCCCGAGAAAACACGCCGAGCAUUAAGGAGGUGAUUCGCAAACAGAUCCAGGAGGCGAGGCAGGUUAUUGCCAUAGCCAUGGAUGUCUUCACCGACGUGGAUAUAUUCAAGGAGAUCAUCAACGCCACGUUGAGGGGAGUGGCGGUCUACAUCCUCCUGGACGAAUCCCAGUACAAGAGCUUCUACACCAUGUCGCACAGAGUGGGCAUCAACAUCCAGGACUUCAAGAACAUUCGUAUUCGGACGGAGGGGCAGAAGUAUCAGUGUCAGUCCGGGGUGAAGUUCCACGGAGGGAUGGAGCAGAAGUUUAUGCUGGUGGACUGCAGGACGGUGGUUUAUGGGACGUUCAGCUUCACGUGGACCUACGAGAAGAUCAACCUCAGCAUGGUCAUGGUGAUCACAGGUCAGCUGGUCUGCACUUACGACGAGGAGUUUCGGCGGCUGUACGCUCGCUCCGCGGUCCCUGUGGUGCAGCCCAAGAACAAGCUAUCCAUCCAGUACCUCAGAGAGAUCGCGGCCAUGCAGAGCCCAAACUCCAGUCAGCUUUCCCUCAACCAGAUCCACACGAGGUACGGAAUGAUGCAGGGCAUGCGAGGCGCUCAGGACGACAGGUUUAACAACCCUGCCAUGUUGACCCGGGGCCUGAGCGUGCAGGAGAGACUGCAUCAAAGUCACUGUCCUGAAAUGGGGAAUCUGGUGCGAGGACACAGUUACGGUGGGGAACUCCAGAGGUUGAACUCAAUGACCCGCCUGAGAAUGGGAACCAAAGACUAUGGAGUCCCUCUUACUCCUGAGAGGACUGGAUCUAAUAUGAGGAUGGGCGGCGACUUGAUGCUGUCCAACAGGUUGUCUCAGCAGCAUAAUAAGCACCGGACUCUCUAUGGGGCCGACCAGAAUCUCAUACCCUUCAACUCUGAGACAUCUCUCCACAGGUGGAAGAUGGACACAUACCUCAACAGCGAUCAGCCUCUGGACGCGUCAUGCGAUGCAAUAUCCCCGGUGGCGUCUCCUUACAGCAGUCACACGGGCUUGAACGAGUAUCAGUCACAGAUGAUGCACAACAGAUCCAGGGACAUUAAGUCCAGGAUGGAGGAAAUGAGGCAAAAGAGGCUCAGCUUGCAGGAGUAUAACAAUCUCAGACAGAGCCAGGAGUCCUUGAAGCCCCAGUAUCCGGGUCUAGACAGACAUAAACUGAUGAACUCGUUAAGAGGUCUGGACAUGAGGCAGAGUAUGAUAGAUUUAGAGCCAAAUCCACAAAACGGUUGGAACCCUGAACCAACCAACCAGAAAGACAUGGAGCCAAAGAAAGAAGGCGACAAAAGAGGGCAGACUCUCACCGACGACCACCGCUCUGCCUCUCACAACGACGUCAAAGGGGCUCCAGACCGAAGGACACUGCAGGCAUAUGAUUGGCACGACCCUCUUUCUAGGACGACCUCAGCUGCUGAUAUAGAUACGAAACUGAACGAUCCAUCGCUCAAGCUCUCUCAUCUGCAGCCCAGUGGUCUCGGUCUCCAGCACCCGAGAGUUAUGGAGUCUCUGAGCGAGAUCCCUGAGGAGAAGGAGGGUUCAAAUUCACGUGUCAACAGCUCAGAAUCUGCGUUCAAAGAAGGACACGAGGAGCCACCUAAAGAGGAGAAGGUUGCUUCGAAGGAGAACUUGGUGGAAACAAGCGUACCUUCAGAGUCGCAGCAUCAGGAUCAAGCCAAAGAAAGUCACGACUCUGUGGGCAAGGUGCCAAAAAGCUCAGGACCGAGUACUCCCAAAGAGAGAAAGAGAUCCAUAUCAAGUGAGACACAAUCUGUCCGAAAGAACUCAAGCACUUCUUCAGGAUCUCAGCUUACAGUGGACGGCAAGAGCAGUUCUUUGGAAAAAGGGCAAACUCAUCAGGAGGAACAACCCCUUCAGAGGAAGAACUCCAUGAAAAUGAAGGUGCAUUCACUGCUGUCAUCCGAUGAGAAGAAAGCCUCCAAGAAAGAAGAGAAAUCGCUACAAAGAAAGGCCUCAACGAGAUCCCAGAACCCCUCAGGGUCAACCCAACCUUCGCAGGCAUCACCAGGAGAGAAAUCCACAAAGAAGGGUCAUUCACCAAGCACCCAAAGGUCGCAUACUUCUGAGACGGAGAAGCACAAAUCACCAUUCCCAAGGUUAGCUCCGCAGCGCUCGAGCAAAAAGAAGGCAGCCCAGGCAGCGGACCAGGACAGGAGCGGGACAAGCACUCCGGACAAGGACAGAGCGGAGGUUUUCAAGAGAGAGAAGGUCUACAGUCGAUUCGAAUAUUUGCUCAGCACUGACGGCAUUCCUAAAUCGACUAAGGGGCACUCGUCAGAGAAAGACAGGGGCUCCUCUCUGAGCAGGCACGACUCUGGUUACUCAGGGUAUCAGACUCAAAGUGGAUCUGAGAACAAACUGGGGAAGUUCAUGCAGCGAGUUGGAAACCUGAUUAACAAGAACAAGUAGACUCAGAGGACGAGGGAUGAACCGUUAAAACUUGAAACACUUCGGGCAGCAUUCAAAUCGACGAGAUGAAAAUGAAGAGUGAUACCUGUUUUGAACAGCAGAGGGCGCUAUCUGCCUUUGAUACCUGGGCGUCCUGCUGAAGCAUUGUUGUUAUUCGUACCCUCUAAAGGUAACAGAAGACACUUGAAUGAUGCACUUAAAGCCAACAUGAUCCGGGACUCUGUUUAAUGUGCAUCAUUUUCCAAAUCAGGGGAUGCUUUCAGGUGUCGUACAGGUUUUUGGGGGUUGGUCUGGAUUGUUUACAUUAAUGCUUGAUUUACACAUGGAACACUAAAAUACCUGAGAGAGGGGCGGAGAGGUAGAGGCAGGGAGGGAGAUCUCUAAUUUUAAACAGAAGUUCAGCAUGGACUCAAUAAAAAGCUUCAUUCGCCAAAUA